AGCUGCCGUACAACUUCCGAGACCCCUUGGCUGCUGCGCCGGAGCGUUCAGUGGUACGCAUAUCUUCUUUUUCCUUUGAAUGUGUAUUCCGCUUUCAUCAUUGGCUCUUGUCAGCUUUCGUUGUUCUGCUUCCGCUCUGUUGAUUCACCUCCUUUUUUUUCUUUCUCCUUCGAUUCCAGCUACCAUCCGAAACUUAUUUUUCUGCUCUACGGAAAACGACGCGACGCCGUAAACGUCGCCUCACUCGACUCUUUCCUCCCGUAGGUCAGCGUCCGCACUAGCGGGCACCCACACACAAGCGGCCGUCUUGGUCCUCCCCACAGCGUCCGAUGUGGCAGGGCAACGAGGCCAUCGCCGACAACCUCUCGCAGGAGUUUCGCGCCAUGUCGUCUGAGCGCGAUCGCAGGCUCGGCAUGGGACGGGGAAAAGCGUACAGCCCUUCAAACCCGACUCCCUAUUAUGAAGACGGCAGACGCGCGAAGAGCCCGCCGCUGCGGUACGGCUCCCUAGACCGCGGCCAGCGCGCCUCGUACGAGGGCUACCGGCCUACUCGGCGCUACUCCCAAAACGACGACUCUUUCCGCCGAGGAGGACAAAGCGGGGCGGCAGCAAACUGCUCGCCACCGACUUUAUCGCGCGGUGAGGGGAGCCGGCGGCGUGGCAGCGGCCCUGCACGUGGCCGUUACGACCGGCCUACGCGCGCGCGCGGUCGAGCAGCAGCUUCAAACAAAAAUGAUGGUCGCGGCCGAAGCGCGGGUAGGUAUCGCCGGAACGGCGACCAUGGUGGCUCUGAGGACGACUCCUACUCCUACUCCUACUCUUCCUCAUACUCCACCAGCAGCGGGUCGGGCAGCGACGUCUCCGCUGUGAGCAGCGGACGCAGCGAUGAGCUGUAUAACCCUCGCGGACGUGCCAAGCAGGGCAGAGGAGCCCCGUCACGCUCACCCGGCAGGAACGACGGGCGGCCCCUGCGUCCGGUGCGCUACACGCCAACCGGGCCGACGGGUGCGGUGCGUGCCACAAACCCGGAAGCUGCGGUGUGCUGGGUCGGCGACGGGCGAGGCAGCUCUAACGAUAACACCACACGGCGACUCGCGGAAGGUGGUGGCGGAGCGGCCUCGCAGCAGGCGGCGGUGGCGCCGCCGAUGCCGGCGCUUCAGCCGAGCGGUUUGCUGCGCCGCCUCAUCGAGUCCGUGGCGUACUACCGAGGUGUGGAGAUGCCACCGAUGAUUCCCUCCGAGGUCACGCUGGCCUUUGAUGAGUACGUGUCGCGCGGAUCGACAAUGCUGAAGUUCAUCCCGCACGGCCCGCCGCACUCGCGUUACUUCACCAUCCGCUUCCUCGACGUCGCGCCUGGUCGGCGCCGGCACGACCCGGCGGGUAACCUGCGGGAAAUCGCGGUGCCCCACGCGGUGCUGGCGUGGUACAGGAACACGUCGAGCCGCCACAUGAUUCGCUUUCUGCCGCUGCACGACCUUUUGGAGGUGAAGGCGGACGGCGCCGAUCACCCGUACGUGCGGCGGCGCACGGUGCAGCCCGGACUGCUGCGUGGCCCUCGCACCGGGCUGUCCACCAACUACGUGUACGCGGACUACGUUCUGCAGUUCCGCUUUCGGUCUCGCCUCUCGUGCGGGGCGGAGACGUUGGCGCUCAAGACGGCGAACCGCACCCAGCACCUUGCGUGGUUGGUUGUGGGGUCGUUUGUCAGUCAGAUCGGCGGCGGAGGAGCGAACCAACUCCACUGA